GUUUAAUGCCAAAGAAGUCUUUCUCCCCCGAAUGCAGUUUCAAAACAUGGGCAGAUAACUCUAUUUGGCGGAAAAUAAAUGUGACACAAACAGUGAGAGCUUUCAACGAUGCACACAGCAAGUGUUAUAAUCUCUGUAUUCAUCCUACUUUUGUUAGAUCCCAGUGGGAAAUAUCCCGUGCUGGCCGAACAUAAUGGAAUAUAUCCAUUCCAAAACACAUCCUUGAGUUUUUCCGCCCGGGUGGACGAUUUAGUCAGUCGCUUAACUAUAAAUGAAACUAUUUUGCAGCUUUCAAGGGGUGGGUCUGUGUAUCCGGGUCCUGCCAUUCCCAGACUUGGAAUAAAACCAUAUCAAUGGGACACGGAAUGUCUCCGUGGAGAUGCUGACGCAGGGCCGGCUACUUCUUUCCCUCAAGCCAUUGGACUGUCCGCAGCUUUUAACACCCAUUUGCUCUACGAUGUCGCUGAAGCUGUUGGCAGUGAAGUGCGGGCCAAACAUAUUGAUUACAUGCGGAAACAUCAGAUGGGUACACACACCGGGAUGAGUUGCUUUAGUCCCGUCAUCAACAUUGUCAGGCACCCACUGUGGGGAAGAACACAGGAAACCUAUGGUGAAGACCCCUACUUGACCAGCAGUUAUGCCACCAGCUACGUGCAAGGGCUUCAAGGCAAUCAUCCCCGUUACAUCAGGGCCAGUUCAGGUUGCAAACAUUUUGAUGCUUAUUCUGGACCAGAAAAUAUUCCUGUAUCUCGACUUGGAUUUAAUGCUAAAGUUCCAGAGCGAGAUCUUCGUCUUACUUACCUUCCUGCUUUCAAGAAGUGUGUUGAAGCUGGAACAUAUAACAUAAUGUGUAGCUACAACAGUGUAAACGGUGUCCCUGCAUGUGCCCACAAAAGAUUGUUGACUGAUAUUUUGCGUAAAGAAUGGGGUUUCAAGGGAUAUGUGAUCAGUGAUGAAGGUGCCAUUGAAUAUAUGUUGGUAUGGCAUAUGUAUAAAACGAGUCCUGUAGAGAUUGCUGCUGCCAGUAUUAAUGCUGGUUGUAACCUCGAGUUAUCACCAGCAUUAAAACAACCAUUCUAUUAUUACCUUGCUGAUGCUCUCAAACAAGGAUUGGUUACUAAGGAAACUUUAAUUGAAAGUGUCAAACCUCUCUUUUACACCCGAAUGAAGCUUGGAGAGUUUGACCCGCCAUCAAUGAAUCCUUAUUCCAGUUUAAAUCUCUCCAUCAUUCAGAGCCCUGAACACCGUCGUCUGUCUUUGAAAACUGCCAUGCAAACUUUUGUACUUUUAAAGAAUCCACACAACAUUUUACCUCUCAGAAGAAACUUCAAAAAAAUUGCAGUUGUUGGUCCAAUGGCUAACAAUACAAAUCAGCUGUUUGGUGAUUAUAGUGCAACAAUUGAUCCAAAAUAUACAACUACUCCCCUUCAAGGUUUACAGGCUUUAGCUGAGUCUGUUAACUAUGCAGCUGGUUGUAAAGAAAAUAAAUGCACUUCCUACAAUGCUUCUGAAAUUGAACAUGCAGUCUCAUCUUCAGAACUGGUUAUUGUUUGUCUUGGCACUGGUAAACAAAUGGAGCGAGAAGGAUGUGAUAGGAAAAACCUUGAUCUACCUGGAAAACAGUUGCAGUUGCUUCAAGAUGCUGUAAAAUUUGCCAAAUACUCUCAAAUUGUGGUGCUGUUAUUUAGUGCUGGACCCUUAGAUGUUUCUUGGGCUGAUAAAAGUCCCUUUGUAUCAGCCAUGAUUCAAUGUUUUUUUCCUGCACAAACCAGUGGACAAGCCAUUUACAACAUACUCACUCAUAAUGGAACAGAUUCUAAUCCAGCAGGACGCCUGUCAAUCACUUGGCCUGCGUCCAUGAAUCAAGUUCCUCCAAUGAUUAAUUAUUCCAUGGAUGGUAGAACUUACCGUUAUUUUAAUGGAGAACCAUUAUAUCCUUUCGGAUAUGGUCUUUCUUAUUCCGAGUUUUCUUACUCCCAGCUAAAUGUACCAGGAAAAGUUUCUGUUGGUAAUCCUAUCCAUUUAUCUGUCACCGUGGGCAACAAAGGACCAUUUGAUGGGGAUGAGGUUACCCAAAUUUAUAUUUGCUGGCUCAAUUCAUCUGUACCGAUGCCAAAGCUACAAUUAGCUGGAUUCAGUCGCAAUUUCAUCCCAGUUAAGAAACAAAUUGAAAUUAAUUUCAUUAUCGAACCAGAUCAAAUGGCAGUUUGGGACAGCAAAAGAGGAUUUGUCGUUGAAGAAGGUGAACUAAUUAUAUAUGCUGGAGGUCAACAACCAAAUACUGCCCGGAAAAUUAGUUCAAAUAUCCUCCAGAAAUCUGUACAGAUUGUUGCUUAGGGCUAAACUUCAGUUUUUAUCAUAUUUCAAGCAAAAUGUCAAAAGAUGGGCAAAAGAAGUAUUGCCGAAGAAAUCAUAUUUGCACAAUGUUCGAGUUUCUUUUCAUUAUAUUUGUUUACUUAUAAAAAAAAAAUAUGUAACAAUAUAUAUUUUUAUCAUUAAAUGCCUUAUAUUUUCUGUUA